AUGAUAUUGGUACUAGCAACAGUAGUGGGUGCCACUUUUGUUGGUGGUAAUGAAGAUUUUGUUACUGGUGAUAGCAGUGGGGCUGAUGCUUGUGGUGUAGGUGGCAGUGAUGAUGUUGGUAGGUUCACAUGUAGUAGCAGCAGGUCUGGUGUAGGUGACAGUGAUGACGUUGGUAGUGGGUCAAAUACCUCUUUUCAGUGGGACUGUGGUGUAGGUGGUAGUGAUGAUGUUGGUAGGUCCACAUGUAGUGGCAGCAAAUCUGGUGUAGGUGGCAGUGGUAACGAUGGUAGUGGGUCAAAUACCUCUUUUCAGUUGGGCAGUGGUGUAGGUGGUAGUGAUGAUAUUGUCAUCGUAGUGGGUCUAAUACCACUUGUGUUGGUGGCAAUGAGGAUGUUGCUCCUGGUGAUGGUCUGUUGCCAGUGGUUUAGGUGGCAGUGUAGAUGGAUUGUCAGUUUUAAAUAG